ACUCUGCAUGUUGCUAAAGGUCUGCCGCACUUAUAAUCCAUAUUUUUUCUUUACAGGCCAGACAGUUUAGAAAAGAAUCAAGAUCUGGAGUUUGAAAGGAACAAAGAACGAUUUGAGUUCUUAAAGUGGGGCUCCCAAGCAUUCCAGAACAUGAGGAUUAUUCCACCAGGUUCAGGGAUUAUCCAUCAAGUGAAUUUGGAAUACUUAGCAAGAGUUGUCUUUGAUCAAAAUGGAUAUUAUUAUCCAGACAGUGUGGUAGGCACUGAUUCACAUACCACAAUGAUUAAUGGCUUAGGAGUUCUUGGCUGGGGUGUGGGUGGCAUUGAAGCAGAAGCAGUGAUGCUGGGUCAGCCGAUCAGCAUGGUGCUCCCUGAAGUGAUUGGUUACAAACUGAUAGGAAGUCCUCAAUCACUUGUCACAUCUACAGAUAUUGUUCUCACAGUUACCAAGCAUCUACGCCAGGUUGGAGUUGUGGGUAAAUUUGUAGAGUUCUUUGGGCCUGGUGUUGCUCAGCUAUCCAUUGCGGAUCGAGCCACUAUAGCCAACAUGUGCCCAGAAUAUGGAGCCACUGCAGCAUUCUUCCCAGUUGAUGAAGUCAGCAUCAAAUACCUCAUCCAAACAGGCCGUGAUCAAGAAAAGAUUCAGCAUAUAAGAAAGUACCUUGAGGCUGCAGGAAUGUUCAGAGAUUUCAGUAACUCAUCUCAGGAUCCGGAAUUUACUCAGAUUAUAGAGUUGAAUCUCCAGACUGUAGUACCAUGCUGCAGCGGCCCUAAAAGACCACAGGACAAGGUUAUGGUCUCUGACAUGAAGAAGGAUUUUGAAACAUGCUUGGGAGCAAAGCAAGGGUUUAAAGGUUUCCAGAUUGCCUCUGAACAUCAUGACAAGAAAGUGAAAUUUGUUUACAGUGACAUGGAAUUUGAACUUACACAUGGGUCGGUCGUGAUUGCUGCCAUCACUAGCUGUACCAACACAAGUAAUCCAUCUGUUAUGCUAGGAGCAGGAUUGCUUGCGAAGAAAGCUGUGGAAGCUGGUUUGGCGGUGAAACCAUAUAUCAAAACUAGCCUGUCCCCCGGAAGUGGAGUAGUCACUUACUAUCUAAGGGAGAGUGGUGUUAUGCCUUACCUUGCUCAACUGGGGUUUGAUGUGGUUGGCUAUGGAUGUAUGACAUGUAUUGGUAACAGUGGACCUCUACCCGAGCCGGUUGUUGAAGCCAUUACUCAGGGAGACCUCGUUGCAGUGGGUGUGCUCUCUGGAAACAGGAACUUUGAGGGCCGUGUUCAUCCAAACACUCGUGCCAAUUAUUUAGCCUCCCCGCCGUUGGUCAUUGCCUAUGCUAUUGCUGGGACUGUAAGAAUUGACUUUGAAAAGGAGCCUCUGGGUGUAAAUGUGCACGGAAAGAAGAUCUUUUUGAAAGACAUUUGGCCCUUGAGAGAAGAAAUCCAGGCGGUCGAGCGCCAGUAUGUCAUUCCAGGGAUGUUUAAAGAGGUCUACCAGAAAAUAGAGACAGUAAAUAAAGCUUGGAAUAAUUUAGAUGUUCCAUCAGACAAGUUAUAUGCUUGGAAUCCAAAAUCCACAUAUAUUAAAUCUCCCCCAUUUUUUGAGAAUCUGACUUUGGAACUUCCACCUCCAAAAUCCAUAGUUGAUGCCUAUGUCCUGCUCAAUCUUGGUGAUUCUGUUACCACUGAUCAUAUAUCUCCUGCUGGGAAUAUAGCAAGGAACAGCCCAGCUGCCCGAUACUUAACUAGCAGAGGCCUAACUCCUCGAGAUUUCAACUCCUAUGGUUCACGCCGAGGGAAUGAUGCUGUCAUGGCAAGAGGAACAUUUGCAAACAUACGCUUAUUGAACAAAUUUCUUAACAAGCAGGCCCCUCAAACCAUCCACCUCCCAUCUGAUGAAACUCUUGACGUGUUUGAUGCUUCUGAGAGGUACCAGCAAGCAGGUCACCCACUUAUUGUCCUGGCUGGUAAGGAGUAUGGCUCUGGAAGCUCACGGGACUGGGCUGCAAAAGGACCUUUUCUGCUGGGCAUCAAAGCAGUUCUUGCUGAAAGCUAUGAGCGGAUUCACCGCAGCAAUCUAGUGGGAAUGGGAGUGAUUCCCCUGCAGUACUUGCCUGGUGAAGAUGCUGAGAGUCUUGGGCUGACUGGCCAGGAACGUUACACAAUCAUCAUUCCUCAGGAGCUAGUGCCCAGAAUGAAUGUCCAGAUCAAGCUAGAUACUGGGAAGACCUUCCAGGCCAUCAUGAGGUUUGAUACAGAUGUGGAGCUCACUUAUUUCCGGAAUGGCGGCAUCUUGAACUAUAUGAUUCGCAAAAUGGCAACCUAGUCCCAAAAAUGUGACUGUGUCCAUUUUAUCAUGAAACCUGCCUUAUUCUGAUGUGAAUGCACAGUAAAUAUGAAAAACUAUAUACGCCUGAACUCUAAAGUGAAUUAAGUGUGUACGGGUGGUAUUAAAACAUAAGUUUAUGCUGUUAGAAUGUAUGGCUAAGGGCCCUAACGCACCAAACAACCUGGUUUUGUGUGUGUGUUUAUGUGAACUCACCCUGCCCACAGUACCUUUGAUCUAUUAUGUAUGUAUGGGUAGGUGCAAUGUGAAAUUGAUUAACACAGUGCUACAUUAAGUGAAGUCCACUUGAUCCUUUUCAGUGUUUCAUACAACAACUGACAAUACAGGGUUUUUUCUACCUGCCUUGAGAGAUUAAAAACUGUAGUCUCCUUUCUAUUAAAACAGUUAAUCAGAAUUUUCCCUUGAAAAUCUAAUACUGCUAAAAUGAUUAAAUGGCUUAGCACUUCUGUCUUAAAGGGUGAAUAUUCUCUGUUAUGCUUCCUCCUGGUUCUUCAUGGCAGGAAGGCCAAAGUAGAUAUAUUAAAGACAUAGCUAGCAGCUGUAUCUUUUUAAAUCUAGGGAUAACUCUGGGGGCUAAUGCAGCUGAAGGUGUUAUGACUGCACCAUAUACUGUACUACAAAGUAGUGAUUUAUUAAGCAAGUGGAUCUUCAGUAUAAACUGUGACUGUUCCCAGAGGUAGGGAGAGUCAGAGAGGGACUACAGCAGAGAGAAGGGCUUAAAGACACCCCCAGUCCCAAUCUGUAUCGGGGCCUCUGUGCUUCCUUUAGAAUUAAAAAAAAUGAAAAAGGACAUGGCUACUUAACUCCUUUAAUCAUUGUGUCUUUGAUUUAUAGUCUUUGGGGUAGGGAGGCUUUUAAAUCAUUUAUAAUAAAAAUUUCAAUCUAUUUUCCAAAAA